AUGAAAAGAGCGCAUGUACUCCACACUGGUGGAAACUAUCACUUACUAUUCCUCAAUACCUACACAAGUUAUCAUGCAUGGUUUAUUUCCCAUAAAAACGCCUUCCAAUAUAUUUAAAUAUAUCAGUUAAUAAUUACCGUGAAAAGUUGUCUAACAUCCGACUAUUGAUAUGGGCUGUAGUGCCGCAAAAAAUCUAACAGUAGAACCUUUGGAUGGCAGUUUAGCAAAUGGACAUACAGAAGCAAGAACUCUUCCAGUCUCACCGAAAAGGCAACCAAAUAUCCCUCCACUGGAAGCGGAAGAUCUUCAAGAAGAAUUAUUAGAAAAUGCAGCUGUGAAUAAUGUUCAACAAGGAGCAAAUGGAAUGUCGUUUGAAAUUGCAUUUGAAGAUGACGAUACUGAUGAGAGCAUUGUAAAGAAACAUCCUCCUAAAAGAAUAUUAGAACGAUUAGAAGAUCCACAUUCUAGUCCCGUUACUUUGGAAAAACUCCAAGAAAAGUUAGAUGAAGCUGAAAUUAGAAGACAACAGAUACUCGCACAGAGAAUUCAGUCAGCUAAAAUAAGAAAUCAAAUGAAAAAAUUGCACUUAGAUUCCAACACAGACGAUGAAGAAGACGGUGAUUUCCUCAAGGUUCCAAAAGAAGAUAUUUCUUCACGUAACAAUACUUACGAAAUACCUUAUGCUUAAAUUUUGUUAACGAUAAAUUUAAUAUUUAUUUAUUUAGAAAAAGUCAUAUUUAUAGUUCAAUAUCGUGUAAAUUUUUAAUUAAUAGUAACAAACUAAAAAUUUUGUCUUU